UCCACGAGAUGUCUUUAAAACCCGAGCGAAUGGACAUGCUGUCCACAUGAAACAGCCACGGACCGGCGACGUAUUGGUUUGUGUCAGCACACACGGAAAAGAGAGAAUGGGUUCGCUGUUAGGUUAGAAUACAGAUUGCGUCUUUUCUUCAGGUCAUUUUCAACUACCCCUGACUCUUCAAAAAAGAAUACAGCAACCAAAAACGAUUUUUAAACCCUAAACUAAAAGGAUUCUAAACAGAAAAAAAGAAAAGAAAGACAGAAAGAAAGAAAGGAAGAAAAAAGUAAGGAAAAGAGAAAACACUUGGGAGCUCGUAAGAACCAAGGAAAAUCAACGUCAACCAAAGUAGUAAGCCUAACCAAAAGACAGGUGGUUUUUCUUUCGUUCUGCUGUUUAUCGUCUGACCCAUCGCCACCGCCAUGUUGCCCUCUCUCCAUAUUUCCCAGACACAGGUGUCUUUACUGCUGAAACUGUCAAUAGGUCUGCUGCUGUACUGCGCAUGUCGACUGACCUCUGCAGGUCGACCAGGUUCUCUGGGGCGGGCCCAACAGUGUCGAGAGUCGGACGAGAACCUGGCAGCUUUCGUGGCUCAGCUCAACAACAUCAGCUUCCGGCCGUCCUCCGGGGAGCCAAACACGAUCCGAUUCCAGCACGACCUCAACAGCGACUGCCCCUCGAGGUGGGGAGCUAUCUCCAACGACGGUCUUCACAACAUCUCGCUCUGUCCCUGGACCUAUCAUAUAAACACUGACUACAAUAGAUACCCCAAUGACAUCCUGUACGCUAGGUGCUCGUGUGGUUGGUGUUCCAGUCAGCUGAGUGUCGGUCCAAGGUCCAGAUGCUACCCACUCUACCACUCGUACCAGGUGAUACGGCGAGAAUGCGACAGAGGGCAAUACAGAUACACGUACACACACGAGAGCCUCCCCAUCGCCUGUGUCUGCUCGCACCACGCUGCCAGUGUUGUGGACAUCGAAUGACCUCGGCCUCGUCUCAACGACCUUGGCCUUGCAGAACGACUUAUGCCUCGACUUUUGGCGAUAAGGAAAACGAGAGAAAUUAUGAAUUGGAGAAGUGGACUGGACUGUUUAGGAGUGACAAGAUGGCACAAGUCUACAUUAAUCUGAGUCUUAUCUUUUUCUUUUUAGUAGACAUAAAUAUCUCGUUAGGGUCAGUCCAUAAACGCUUCAGUCAUUUUUGUUUUUAAUUUUGAGAUCAAGAAUAUUAUUAAGGAAAAAAGAGAACGCCCGAAUGAUAACCACAACUGGGGCAUUUGAUAAAAUUAUUGUUCCAGUUAAAAACUAAAAAGGAAAUAACGAAAAAGAAACAAAAUAUACUGCACAUACUGCACAAAGCCCCUUGUGCCUUAAUUCGAACACAUGCUUUAUCUUGAAACCCCUAGAAACCGAUUGGGCGAUUGUGGACUGAUGUUGACGACGAUAAUAAACUAUAUCUCUAUUAUUAAAGCGCUCACUGUUAUAAUGUUUAAGAUACCAGGACCGUGCUGCACCCUUAUCUUAAUCUUAGUAUCAUUAAGAGUUUAUGAACUAAUUUGUGUGGUAUAUUGGGUAUAACUCCAUAAGCUGGAUGUAAUUCCUUCCAUUUAACUGAUCUUAAUUCGCAAUUAGUAGCACAUGAAAUAUAUUUAUUCAAUACAAUACACAUAUCAAGGUAAA